UCCCCCCGCCCUGGGUCUCCGUAGUCCGUCGUUCCUUUAUUUCUACGUGUGUAUCGAAAUUGAUCGGUGCGGUUCAUGAUAAAGUUUGCGUAAAGCGAGAUGGCAUUGUUCCGGGCAUUGCCCGUCGGAAUCGGCGCGACGUCCAAGAUUGUCUCACGGAGUGUCCCAGCCUUGUAUUAUCACGCAAACGUACUGGACCACUACGAGAAUCCCAGAAAUGUUGGUUCCUUGGAUAAGAAUGACGAGCAUGUUGGGACAGGUCUAGUAGGAGCACCUGCUUGCGGCGAUGUGAUGAAACUUCAGAUCAGAGUCGAUGAAAGUGGCAAAAUAAUCGAUGCAAAAUUCAAGACUUUCGGUUGUGGUUCUGCUAUUGCCUCGAGUUCCUUAGCAACGGAAUGGGUUAAAGGAAAAACGGUAGAUGAAGCACUGUCAUUGAAAAAUACCGACAUUGCGAAAGAACUUUGCCUCCCGCCUGUCAAGCUGCACUGUUCGAUGCUUGCCGAGGACGCGAUUAAGGCCGCUCUGUCAGAUUAUCGCAUCAAACGACAGUCAAAAACUAAAGAGAAGGAUGAGGCAACCAACUAAACUGAAGCACUAAUGGAAGUGGUUUAAUUAUGCAAUGUGAUAGCAGCAAAAAAUAGAUUUAGUUUAUAAAUAUUUUAAGGGAAUUAUUAUGCUAUUGUAAUCACAAUUGCUUAGAGCUGUUGGAAUUGUACAUUCCUUAGCCUAUAUAUGUGUAUACAUAUAUAUACGUGUUUACUAGUGUGGCGACAUAAAUCGUACCUGUAUAUUCCCUAUACUAGGUGAAAUAAAUUUAUUUAACUAAA